UCAUGUCGAGUUGGCUCACGAGAAACUACAAGUGAUCACUUUUUUGAGUACACUUUCAUAUAUUUCAUAUUUUAUCCUAGUUGUUCAACGUCAUAAAAUUAUUGGUUAGAUUUGUUAGAGGCUUUUUAUUUAUAAUAUUUAAUAAUUCAAAAAUUUGUAAUAAAUAAGUGUAAAAAAUGGUGUUAGCCGACCUCGGACGUAAAAUUACGUCCGCAUUACGGUCGCUCAGCAAUGCAACUGUCAUCAAUGAGGAGGUUUUGAAUUCUAUGCUGAAAGAAAUAUGUGCAGCAUUAUUAGAAGCUGAUGUAAACAUUCGUUUAGUUAAAAAAUUACGAGAAAAUGUACGAUCAGUCAUUGAUUUUGAUGAUAUGGCAGGAGGACUUAAUAAACGGAGGAUGAUCCAGAGUGCAGUAUUUAAAGAACUUGUUAAAUUGAUUGAUCCUGGUGUAAAAGCAUAUCAACCAGUAAAAGGUCGUCCAAAUGUAAUUAUGUUUGUUGGUUUACAAGGUUCUGGUAAAACAACAACAUGUACCAAGUUAGCUUACCAUUAUUUAAAAAAAAAUUGGAAGGCUUGCUUGGUUUGUGCUGAUACAUUUCGUGCUGGUGCUUAUGAUCAAAUAAAACAAAAUGCUACGAAAGCUAGAAUACCAUUUUAUGGAAGUUAUACGGAAGUUGAUCCUGUAGUAAUAGCACAAGAUGGUGUUGAGAUGUUUAAGAAAGAAGGCUAUGAAAUAAUAAUUGUCGACACCAGUGGUAGGCAUAAACAAGAAGAGUCAUUGUUUGAAGAAAUGUUGCAAGUGUCAAAUGCCGUGCAACCUGAUAAUAUAAUAUUCGUGAUGGAUGCAACGAUAGGUCAAGCUUGUGAAUCACAAGCUAAAGCUUUUAAGGAUCGUGUCAAUGUUGGGUCAAUUAUUAUUACUAAGUUAGAUGGUCAUGCCAAGGGUGGUGGAGCUUUGUCUGCUGUUGCAGCAACUCAGAGUCCAUGUAUUUUUAUCGGUACUGGAGAACAUAUUGAUGAUUUAGAGCCGUUCAAAACAAAACCUUUUAUCAGUAAAUUAUUGGGAAUGGGUGAUAUUGAAGGACUUAUUGAUAAAGUUAAUGAACUGAAUCUUGAUGAUAAUGAAGAACUGUUAGAAAAAAUAAAACAUGGGCAGUUUACUUUACGUGAUAUGUAUGAACAAUUCCAAAAUAUUAUGAAGAUGGGGCCUUUCUCACAGAUUCUGGGUAUGAUUCCUGGCUUCAGUCAAGAUUUUAUGUCCAAAGGAACGGAACAAGAUUCAAUGGCAAGAUUAAAACGGCUUAUGACAAUAAUGGACAGUAUGAAUGAUGCUGAGUUAGACAACAGAGACGGCGCUAAAUUAUUUAGUAAACAACCGGGUAGAAUAACGAGGCUAGCUCAUGGUUCUGGAGUUACUGAGAAGGAAGUUAAAGAUUUGAUCACUCAGUACACGAAGUUUGCAGCUGUGGUAAAGAGAAUGGGUGGUAUCAAAGGUUUAUUCAAGGGUGGAGAUAUGUCCAAGAAUGUAAAUCAAACUCAAAUGGCUAAAUUGAAUCAGCAAAUGGCUAAAAUGAUGGAUCCACGUGUUCUUCACCAAAUGGGUGGAAUGUCUGGUCUUCAAAACAUGAUGAAACAACUUCAACAAGGUGCAGCUGGAGGCCUAGGUAAUCUCAUGGGCGGACUUGGAGGCAGACCUUGAAUAAUCAUUCCAACAAACCAAUAAACAGACUGCCAUCUAAUAUAUUUAAUAUGCUUUCAAUUAGCAACGUUAAUUAAAUAAAAUCAACAGGACAUUAAAUUCUUCCCGAUAAAUUUAUCGAUUUUGUACAAAACGGUUGAAUCCAUCAAAACAUCUUCGAUAUUUCAUAUUUUUAUUAUCUGAAUCGAGUAUUUUGUGCAUGAUUAUACAUUUUAGGUGAUAUUUCAAUUGUCCUGGGUCAAUCACGCGGUAAUAAAUGAUUAUUUAAGUAAGAUUGUUACAAUACGAUAUAUUUACCAAUGUAUAUUGGAUUUUGUAAAUAAAUUAUAUUAAUAUAA